AAUAUCCUUAAAGAAACAGUUGAUAUUUAUAAAUGCUGCAUUGAGAUAGUUAGAGAAGAAAAAUUUAAUGAUUCAAGUCAUGAAUUUUGGGUGUAUCCGCUAUGUGGGAAUCUUGUAAACAUUCGUGAGGCUUCAAUAGAACAUGUUAAUGAGGAAAAAAAAUCAGAAGAAGGAACAACUCAUAUUCAAGAACGCCGAUGGGGUUCUUUCUCUCGUGCACUUUCGCUUCCACGUAAUGUGAAAGCUGAUGAUGUCGUUGCUAAAUACGAGAACGGUGUUCUUGAGGUUAAAAUUCCUAAAGCUGAACAAUCUGGCAAAAAAAUCACCAGCCAAUAA